AUGCUUGUAUUGUUCGUGCUCUUAAACUCAUUUAGCUUUAUCCAGUGCGUAAGAAUUUUAGGAUUCUUUCCCACGCCCUCAUACAGUAACCAGAUAAUUUUUCAACCGAUAUGGAAACAGCUGUCGUUACGAGGCCACAAUGUUACCGUCGUUACUCCUCAGCCCCUUUAUGACCCAAGUUUAACAAAUCUGACAGAAAUAGACAUUCCUUUCGCGUAUGAUAUACUAUCAAAGUACGGGUGGCCAAACGAAUAUGUCAAGUUGGCUUCAACGUUGCAUAGACUGGAUUACCUGCUUCAUGCAGGAAAGGAGUUGACAAUGAAUAUCUGGGAAUAUGGACCAGUACAACACAUUAUCAAUGAUCAGCAUGAUAAGUUUGAUUUGCUGAUAGUGCAAGUGGCCUACAACGUAAAUUUGCUGUUGAAUAGCUUGGCAUUCAAAUUUCGUACUCCAAUUGUUGGUAAGUCUGUAAAUUGA